AUGUCUUCUUCCCAUUUACUCCUCCGUACUCCUCCACUCCCCUCCUCCUUCUCACCCUAUAAACUCCCACCCGCCGCCGUCGCCACGUCAUUCUUCGCCUCUGAUCCUAAAUUCAGGAAUUCCGUUACCGCUUCACUGCUGCAUUGCCGGAAAAAUGACCAAGUCUAUGCCGUCGGCGAGGACUUGCCGGUAGACUACGACACCUGGCUACCGAAGCAACCUGAUUCUAGUUACCGGAGGAGAGCGGGCGUUCUCCUCCAUCCGACGUCGUUUCCUGGCCCCUAUGGCAUUGGUGAUCUUGGCCCUCAGGCUUUCCGCUUCCUCGAUUGGCUUCACCUUGCGGGUUGCUCUGUUUGGCAGGUUCUUCCCCUUGUUCCACCAGGAAGGAGAGCUAAUGAAGAGGGUUCACCUUAUUCUGGCCAGGAUGCAAAUUGUGGUAAUACCCUUUUGAUUUCACUCGAGGAACUUGUGGAAGAUGGUCUUUUGUUGAAGGAAGAGCUUCCUGAGCCACUAGAUAUGGAUCGUGUGAAUUUCACAGCCAUAGCUGAAGUUAAAGAUCCACUGAUAUCAAAGGCUGCAAAGAGGCUUGUUUCGAGUAAUGGUGAUCUCAAAAAUCAAUUUGAUCUUUUCCGCAAGGAUCCAAGUGUUGCAGGUUGGCUUGAUGAUGCAGCACUGUUUGCUGCCAUAGAUGACACUUUAAAUGCUUUUAAUUGGUAUGAUUGGCCUGAACCACUGAAAAAUCGCCAUCUUGCUGCAUUAGAAGAGAUUUAUCAAACCAAAAAGGAGUUUAUUGACACAUUCAUCGCGCAACAGUUCUUGUUCCAGAGGCAAUGGAAAAAAGUCCGUACUUAUGCUCAGAACAAAGGAAUCAGUAUAAUGGGAGAUAUGCCAAUUUAUGUUGGUUAUCAUAGCGCAGAUGUUUGGGCAAAUAAGAAACAGUUUUUACUGAAUAGGAGUGGUUUUCCUACUCUGGUCAGUGGUGUUCCACCUGAUGCAUUUAGUGAAACUGGUCAGCUUUGGGACAGCCCUCUUUAUGAUUGGAAAGCCAUGGAAAAGGAUGGGUUUUCUUGGUGGAUACGUCGCGUUAGACGAGCCCAAGAUCUGUUUGAUGAAUUCAGGAUUGAUCACUUUCGAGGUUUUGCUGGGUUUUGGGCAGUUCCUUCUGAAGCAAAAAUUGCUACAUUAGGGAGUUGGAAGGCAGGACCAGGGAGUUCUUUAUUUGAUGCCAUAUUCAGAGCAGUUGGAAAGAUCGAUAUCAUAGCAGAAGACUUGGGAGUGAUCACUGAGGACGUAGUUCAGCUCAGAAAAUCCAUAGGAGCCCCUGGAAUGGCCGUUCUCCAAUUUGGAUUUGGAAGUGAUGCAGAGAACCCUCAUCUACCUCACAAGCAUGAGCACAAUGAAGUUGUGUACACUGGAACCCAUGACAAUGACACUAUCCGAGGAUGGUGGGCAGUAUUACCUCAGGACGAGAAACUAAGAGUGCUCAACUAUCUUGGAAACUUUGAAGAAAACGAAAUAUCAUGGGCCCUGAUCCAGGCUGCACUUUCUUCAGUUGCACAAACUGCAAUAAUACCCAUGCAAGACAUCCUUGGAUUAGGAAGUUCUGCGAGGAUGAAUAUUCCAGCAACUCAGUUUGGAAAUUGGAGUUGGAGGUUGCCUAGUUCAGUUAGUUUUGACAGCUUAAGUGUGGAGGCAGAGAGACUAAGAGGAAUGACUGAAACUUAUGGGCGUUUGAGAUAG